AUGGAGUUAACUUGUCAUGAAAAUGACGAAUUUCUGUCCACCUCAGAGGCCUCCUCAUACCGCGGGCCUGUCCGGGCCUGCUGCGACCCGGUGCUGACCCGGGACAGCCGGGUGUGGAGGAACCUUCUGAACUUAGAGAAAACUGAUGUGGUUUCAGAGUCUUAUUUCGGCACCAUACAGACUGAUAUACAGCCGUAUAUGCGAAGAAUCUUAGUAGUUUGGAUGCUGCAGGUGUGUGAGGAGCAGCAGUGUGAGGAGGAGGUGUUCCCGUUGGCCGUCCACUACCUGGACAGGUACAUGGCCCGCCACGCCAUCAGCAGAGCCAGUCUGCAGCUUCUCGGGACCGUCUGCAUGUUCCUGGCCUCCAAGCUCAGAGAAACGGUUCCUCUGAGUGCCACCAAACUCUGCGUCUACACAGACAACGCUGUCUCGCUGCCCCAGCUGCUGCAGUGGGAGAUGGUGGUGGUGUCCAGGCUGGACUGGGACUUGGCCUCAGUGCUGCCUUCUGACUUCCUGGAGCCGUUACUGCAGGGGCUACCCAUAAUCCCUCAUAACCUCACAGCCCUGCGAAGACACACUCACUCUUACAUCGCUCUGGCUGCUACAGAGUUUAAGUUUUCAAUGUGUCUGCCCUCCGUUAUCGCCUGUAGCUGCGUGGCUGCAGCUGUUCUCCGUCUGAAGCUGCUGGACGAAGCUCUGUCCUGUGACGCACUCCUGCAGCUCAUGGCCAACGUCCUGGACGUGGAUCUGGUAUCAUUGUGUAACUGUUAUGCUGCGUUGGAGGCCACUCUGGAGCUCAGCCUGCCCUCCGUUCCCGGCACUGAGGCCACCUGCAGGACAGACUCGCCUGGCACUGAGGUCAGCAACACACCUGUUAAUGUCAAGGACGUCAAGCUGUCCCCUCUGUGCUAG